UUCACACUUUCCAAUGGCAAAGAAGAAGUUUCAGAUUUUUUGAGGGGGGCGAGGGGCUGGCCUUUUUUGUUCCGCUGGAGAGUCCUGCUUGAACGGUGAGCAGGAGCACAACAGAACGGCAAGAAAUUACAGCGCCGCGGACCAUCGGCUAAAUCAGAGCACCGGGAAGGAUCCCGCUGCGCCGCCGAGGAAGAGUGGUUCGAAAUAGGACGGCAUCGCCCUGCAGCUGCGCCGUUACUGGCUCUAGGGUCAACGGGCAGACGAGCAACUGGCAGCUAUCGCCGUUAGCCUUAACUCCUCUGCGGGUCUGGGGGGGUUCUGGUAGGGGCAGGGGGCGGGGGUACACCGAGAAAGGAGAAGACUGCACACCGAGAGGAGGGGGCUGGAAGUCUGAGACGCUUCCAGCCUGAAGGGGGCCGGCGGUUUGGCCACAGCACCCCCCGGACUAGCUAGCUUGUACCCGCGCGGCUAAGUGAAUGGGAUGGAGCCGGGACCGUCUGGCGCUGUGCCCAUGGGGGUCUUCCCCCCACCCCUGCAGCAGGUGUUCCAUGCCCCUCGCCGGCCAGGCAUGGGUACCGUGGGCAAGCCCAUCAGGCUGCUGGCCAACUACUUUGAAGUGGAGAUCCCAAAGAUGGAUGUCUAUCACUACGAGGUGGACAUUAAGCCUGACAAGUGCCCACGACGAGUCAACAGAGAGGUGGUGGAGUACAUGGUGCAGCACUUCAAGCCCCAGCUCUUUGGUGACAGGAAGCCGGUGUACGAUGGCAAGAAGAACAUCUACACGGUGCUAGCACUUCCUAUUGGGAGUGAGAAGGUAGAUUUUGAGGUGACGAUUCCUGGUGAGGGAAAGGAUCGAAUCUUCAAGGUGUCCAUCCGUUGGCUGGCCAAGGUGUCAUGGCGCCUGCUGCAGGAGACUCUAGUCAGUGGCCGACUGCAGGUCCCCCUUGACUCAGUUCAAGCCCUGGAUGUGGCCAUGCGUCACCUGGCCUCUAUGAGGUACACCCCAGUAGGCCGUUCAUUUUUCUCCCCACCUGAAGGAUACUACCACCCACUUGGUGGGGGAAGGGAAGUUUGGUUUGGCUUCCACCAAUCGGUGCGUCCCGCCAUGUGGAAGAUGAUGCUUAACAUUGAUGUGUCUGCCACGGCUUUCUACAAAGCCCAGCCUGUAAUUGAGUUCAUGUGUGAGGUUUUGGACAUUCGCAACAUUGAUGAGCAACCCAAAACCCUCACUGACUCACAAAGGGUCCGCUUCACCAAGGAAAUUAAAGGCCUGAAGGUGGAGGUGACCCAUUGUGGCCAAAUGAAAAGGAAGUAUCGUGUAUGCAAUGUUACCAGACGUCCUGCCAGCCACCAAACGUUUCCCCUUCAGCUUGAAAGUGGGCAGACAGUAGAAUGUACAGUGGCUCAGUACUUCAAGCAGAAGUACAACUUGCAGCUCAAAUACCCCCACCUACCCUGUCUACAGGUGGGGCAGGAGCAGAAGCACACCUACCUGCCUCUGGAGGUGUGUAAUAUUGUAGCCGGUCAACGAUGCAUCAAGAAACUGACAGAUAAUCAGACCUCAACUAUGAUUAAAGCCACAGCUCGCUCCGCACCCGACAGACAAGAGGAGAUCAGCAGACUGAUGAAAAAUGCCAACUUCAACCUGGACCCGUACAUUCAGGAGUUUGGGAUCAAGGUGAAAGAUGACAUGGCCGAGGUGAUGGGCAGAGUAUUGCCAGCCCCUAUUCUGCAGUACGGAGGACGGAACCGUGCCAUAGCUACUCCCAACCAGGGAGUGUGGGACAUGAGAGGGAAGCAGUUUUAUAAUGGCAUUGAGAUCAAAGUGUGGGCUAUUGCCUGCUUUGCCCCCCAGAAACAGUGCAGAGAAGAGGUGCUCAAGAACUUCACAGACCAGCUUCGUAAAAUCUCAAAGGAUGCUGGGAUGCCAAUUCAGGGCCAGCCAUGCUUCUGUAAAUAUGCCCAGGGAGCGGACAGCGUGGAGCCCAUGUUCAGACACCUGAAAAACACAUACUCCGGACUUCAGCUCAUCAUCGUCAUCCUGCCAGGAAAAACUCCAGUCUAUGCGGAGGUAAAGCGUGUGGGUGACACACUCCUCGGCAUGGCCACGCAAUGUGUCCAGGUUAAGAACGUGGUGAAGACGUCGCCACAGACUCUGUCUAACCUUUGCCUCAAAAUCAAUGUGAAACUGGGAGGGAUCAACAACAUCCUGGUGCCUCACCAACGGUCAGCAGUGUUUCAGCAGCCGGUUAUCUUCCUGGGAGCAGAUGUCACACAUCCUCCGGCUGGAGAUGGCAAGAAGCCCUCCAUUACUGCUGUGGUAGGCAGUAUGGAUGCCCAUCCCAGCAGAUACUGUGCCACAGUGCGCGUCCAGAGGCCCAGGCAGGAGAUCAUCGAAGAUUUAUCUUACAUGGUGCGGGAACUGCUGAUUCAGUUCUACAAGUCGACCCGCUUCAAGCCCACCAGGAUCAUUUUCUACAGAGACGGUGUUCCUGAGGGACAGUUGCCUCAGAUUCUCCACUACGAGCUGUUGGCCAUCAGAGAUGCGUGCAUAAAGUUGGAGAAGGACUAUCAGCCUGGUAUCACCUACAUCGUGGUGCAGAAACGUCACCACACACGCCUCUUCUGUGCUGAUAAGUCUGAAAGGAUUGGGAAGAGUGGGAAUAUUCCUGCAGGGACUACAGUGGACACCAGCAUCACUCAUCCCUUCGAGUUUGACUUCUACCUGUGUAGUCAUGCAGGAAUACAGGGUACCAGCCGGCCGUCUCAUUAUUACGUCUUAUGGGACGACAAUCGCUUCACAGCUGAUGAGUUGCAGAUUCUAACUUACCAGUUGUGCCACACUUACGUGCGCUGUACCCGCUCAGUCUCCAUCCCUGCCCCAGCCUACUAUGCUCGUCUCGUGGCCUUCCGUGCCCGCUACCAUCUGGUAGACAAAGAACAUGACAGUGGAGAGGGCAGCCAUGUGUCCGGUCAGAGUAACGGUCGGGAUCCCCAGGCGUUGGCUAAGGCUGUUCAGAUUCAUCACGACACUCUGAGGACCAUGUACUUCGCCUGAGCGUCUCCAACCAUCGCCGCCAUCGUUCCCUCCCACCUCAUUUCUACCUGAGUGGGCAAACGGCCCACCGGCACCACCUCAUCCCCAUCCCUUACUCCCUACAAUUGCCCACUACACAUACUUCACAGCAAUCAGUCACUCAAAUCCAAGAAACACAAAUCCCCUCUCCUGUAAAACACAGGUAGACUCUGCAGCCUCAUGCACUCAAAAGGUUAUGAAUAUUACUGUUGUUUUUACUUUACCGGGACUAUUGAUCUUUUUAAGUUGAAUUUUUAAAUCAUGGGUAUUAUGUAAUUGUAUUGUAUGCUACCUUCACACUCCUAUGUAUGUAAGUAUGCAAUACGGAUGGGAGAAAAAUAGAAAACUAGGCGAUAAAAAGGAGAAAAAAAAUCCUAAAAACUUUUUUAACUGCCACCACGAUGCUGCCUCUACCCAUCCAAAUGCCGGAUGCCAGUAUUGCAAGCCCCUUGUUAGAGGGGAUCCUCAUUAGAGGUGGUACUGGGCACGCACACUUACAUGUAUCAUUUUAAUGUUAUCAUGAACUACAUUCAUGUUUUUUAAUGUUUUUGAAAACUGUUUUUUUUUUUUUUAAACAGCCUUGAGGAGUCCGGGGUAUGGUACAUUAGCACUUAGUGUUAGCAUGUAGGUGCCACCAGUCCUGCACAUAAAGAGUUUGUUAGUACAUGCGAGGCUAGCCCUCUGGUCUUUAUAUUAUAGCAGACAAAGAAAGAGCAGGUGUAGCAUAUUGUAGAUCCAGGACAGGAGUCCUGCCACACACUCUGUCCUGGUUGGCCAGUCCCUUAGAGAUUUUGCCUUUAGAGGCAAGCUUAGUGUAACAGUAGAGGGACCAUUUGCAUAGUGUGUAUCUAAUAUACUUGCACCCCAUGCACCUAAACCAGCAUUGUUAACCAGCCAAAAGUGAUGCCACCCUAUGGAAAGGGGGCACUCAAACAGGAAGAUAAUCUUUUAUUUCUCUAUACAUUGCUCUUUUAGAAUUUACGAGGCACUUUUUAAAUUUUACUUUUAUUUUAUUUUACUUCAAAAUGGUGAAACUAGCCGUUGGCGAGACUUUACACUCUACAUUUGAACGUUUCACACCCACACUUGCGUAGCUUUCAGAACAAAGGCAAUAGGCAAGGUCAACACUAUUCUGUAGAUUUGAAAGCAGGCAAAUAUAGUCUAUGAUCACUUAAGUGCUGCAAAGCUGAAGUCGCCUUCAGCAACUGACCUUGCUCCGAUCAGUCUGCACAUUCCAACGUGUAUCAGUGGAAAUGACGCCAAGCGGCGCGCUCCACGCAUCCACCCGUGCUUUUCUUUGCCUAACUGUACCGACCUAUCCUGCGCCUGUCCCGCUUUUACACAGAGCUCUUCCCCUCUGCAGGCAUUUACAACAGAAGCACACACAUGCCUGCGCUCUCAGUCUCCUUCUCAGCAUGCAGAGACAUAGCUGAUCAAAUAAAUGCACUUGUUCCCCCCAUUCCCACGUUAAGCCAAACUCAUCAACCUUUCCGCCAUCACCUUUUAUCCUUGCCGUCUGUUCUCACUCGUCACAUAACACACCUGCAGCAUCCCCUGCCCCAAUCCCCUAUGUUGUGUUAGCCAAUCCCUAUUGGUGCUCUGUGUGCGUGGGCGGCACAGAUAGGGGAUUGCUACAUUUGACAGGGUGGGCCUCUAUUACGACUAUUUAACAUGCCCUGCCUUUACAUCUAGUCACUUUCUGGAUUUAUGGAAGAAAAAUGCAUGUAAUUAUUUUUUAUGACUGGAUAUUCUGAGCCACCUUACUUUGGUUUUCUUAGAGGUAGGAGCCUCGCGCUCACCACUGCCUGUCAGUCGUUUUGCCUCGAUUGUGUAAUGGUUAUAAAGACUGCUUUUUUCCUUUGUCAUUAUUAUUAUGAAUAUUGUGACUAGUGUCAGAGUGUAUCCUCAAGAGGGCACUGUGGAGACGGUCCCAAAAUUCCACCUCAGUUGCCCUUUAAGCGCCUCAAAUCUUGUCUGAUGGUCAGACCCCCUUUUGAGUCGAAAGGGAUCAAAAGAUAAGAGAUCAGAUGAGUUUGAUUUUUAAAUCAUGUUUAUGAACUUGCAUAAUCAAAAUGCCUUUGUACACCGUUUUACUGAUCCUUCAUUGUGUCCACGGUGAUUUGUAUAUACGAAUAUAUAAUAUUAACCUGUUAUGUAUUUUGGCCCAGCAGUUGAGGGGCUUUUCACAGUCGGGGCCAGUCUUCUACCCCUCAUUCUGCGUUUAAAAAAAAAGAAAGAAAGAAAGGAAAAAUAUCAACCUGGGGGGCAUUUCCCCAACACCACUGAAACCAGAUGCAGUUCUUCACUCACUGAAGCCACAAAGCACCUUGCAAAGGGGGGAGACGAAAUGGCAGUCACCCUGGAAAUGUAUCAUGUGGACACGGGAGAGUCCGCUCCCCCUCCACACAGCCUCACGGUCUGACUAAGCAAUAUUGAAGCCACUGAUCAAGAACAGUCCUUGUCAUAGCACUUCCCAAUAGAUUUGAAUGAAAGGACGUGGAAGCAUAUUAUUUUGGCUCUGUAUGUGAUAGUAUGGGAACUCUGUUGGGGAGGGUUAUUUUUUAAAGAAAAUAAAAUUGU